UUGAUGGGAGGGUUUUCAAAGUUAGUACGUACAUCAAUUGAACAGCCUUUAUUUAUUUUAAUUAUUUUAUUAUUUGGAAUAUGGGCAAUUGAAUUAUUUAGGACAAUAAAUCGGACAACCUGGCUACUUCUCUUAACAACGGGAAUUAUUUUUCUAUUACUAAAAUUUAGAGAUAUGAAGGAAAAAAUAAAUAUUCUUGGGGAUUUUGUACAUCGUUCUUGGCUAACUUUGGAUAGGGACUUGACGUAAUUUUAUUAAAAAAUUUUUUUAAAUAAAUUAAAAAGCGGUCUUCGCCUUCUGGUUAAAUUACGUUGGGAUAUGAGACGUCGAAUGCGUGAAAAUCGGGGACUUCAUAAAAUUUUUUUGGACGUUGUUCGUGCUAAUCCAAAUAAAAUUUGUAUUGUAGAUAUUGGCUCAAACCGUUCUUACACUUUCUCUCAAUUAAAUUCUUUAUCUAAUCGUUUCGCUAAUCAUUUCCGAAAUAAUGGAUUUAAACGGGGCGAUGUUGUUGCUUUGUUUAUGGAGAAUGGAGCAGAAUUUGUUGCUGCCUGGAUCGGUUUAAUGAAAAUUGGGGUAAUUACAGCAUGGAUUAAUUCCAACUUGCGCCUUGACUCUUUAGCCCAUUGUUUACGUGUUUCAGAAUGCAAAGCAAUUAUUUGCUCAAAUUCACUUUAUCAAUUUUAUCAAAAAACAAAAGAUGCGGGUCUAUUAAAUUUACAAAAUAUUCAAGAAUUUAUAAUUGACAAUAAAAAAAUAAUUAAUAAUUUCGAGGAUAGUCGAAUAUUAUCUUAUAAUUGGUUAAAUAAUGCAGAAGCUGCAGAACCGAUACAUGAUGAUACAAUUAAUUUUCAUUCUCUCCUUUGUUUUAUUUAUACAAGUGGAACUACUGGAAUGCCUAAACCUGCUUGUAUUAAGCACUUCCGUUGUUAUUCAAUGGUUGUUGGUUGUGCCUAUAGUUUUGGUUUAUUACCAACAGAUAAAAUAUAUAUUUCAAUGCCUUUAUAUCACACUGCUGCUGGAAUCCUUGGUAUUGGUCAAGUGUUAUUUAGAGGAGCUAGUUGUGCUAUUAGACAGAGAUUCUCUGCUAGUAAUUUUUGGAAAGAUUGUGUAGAUUAUAAUUGCACUUCAAGUCAAUAUAUUGGUGAGAUUUGUCGGUAUUUAUUAGCUCAACCUAUUGGUGAAUAUGAGAAAAAACAUAAAGUUCGUAUAAUGUUUGGGAAUGGAUUGAGAGCAGAAAUAUGGAAAGAAUUUGUGGAAAGAUUUAAUGUUAAAAUUGGUGAAUUGUAUGGAUCUACUGAAGGAACUUCUAAUUUAGUCAAUGUUGAUGGCAAAAUUGGUGCAUGUGGAUUUUUGCCUAUAUCUCCAAUAACGGCAUUAGUUCAUCCUGUUCGGCUCGUUAAAGUUGAUGAUAAUGGUGAAAUUAUAAGAAAACCUAAUGGUUUAGCUGUUCCGUGCAGGCCUGGACAAACAGGAGCAAUGGUUUCAACAAUUCGUCAUGAUAAUCCUUUACUUGUUUUUGAUGGAUAUUUAAAUAAAACAGAAACAAAAAAAAAAGUAAUUCAAAAUGUUUUUCGUCAUGGAGAUAGUGCUUUCUUAACUGGGGAUAUUUUACAUUGGGACAGACUUGGAUAUCUAUAUUUUAGAUUACGUACAGGAGAUACUUUUCGGUUUAAAGGAGAGAAUGUUAGCACUACUGAAGUGGAAGGUGUUCUUCUCCCUUUAAAAAGUAUUAUCGACGCUGUAGUUUAUGGAAUAAAUAUUCCUGGCAUCGAAGGUAGUAUAGGUAUGGCAGCAAUUGUAAGAAAUAGAAUUGAACAAACACCUGAUGAGGAAUUUCUUCAACAAUUAAGCUCGCGGCUUAGAGCAGCUUUACCUCCUUAUGCAAUUCCUCGAUUUAUUCGUAUUUGUAGUUCUGUUGACAGAACUGGUACAUUUAAAUUAGUCAAAACAAAUUUGCAAAGGUUAGCACUUGGCAACCCCCCAAGUAUUUCCUUGGAUGAUCAACAACGGGUUUUCUUUUUUGAUACAAAAAUAAAGCAAUAUAUGCCCCUUUGUGAGGAUUUACGGCAAAGGCUUGAAGAAGGAAGAGUGGAACAAAAUGAGUUAACAAAAAUUUUUGCUUAA